UUGGCAGUCCUGGCUAGCUAAGCCGUUCCCGGCCAGGCCUCGAUCAUCGGCGGUGGACAUCGUUACCAUGAGCUGCUUGAGAUUCCCAGGUUGGACCUCGGGGGGUGCCUCCCACCCGUCCCUGGAUUGGGGCCUCCUGCAAACGGUAAGUCCGGCCCCAGGCCCGUCACACUAGCUCAGGCCUUCACCGACUCGGUUCGUUCAGCUUUUGCGCCUUCUCAACCACCCAGCCACCCACCCAGCCACCUCCAACCCACGCAAGCAAACGCCCCCUCAGUCCGAUCCGCACACUAACAGUCACAAACACGGACCUACUGGCACAGACCAACAGACCAACAGACCAACAUACGUACAUAGUUGAUCCAGGCCAGGCGUUUGUGACCGAGCCAGGCUCAAAUCCCAACCCAUCCCCCCGAAGACACAGCAGCCACCACCCAUCCUGAUGAUGUAGGCUGGGAUUCAUUCAGGCUAGCCCGCCCACCGACCCGCCGCUUUCACCCGACUGGAUCCCCCCUGGUAUUAGGCCCCAGGCCACAAGAUUGAAAAACCUAGCCCGGCCCACGGCCCGCCUUUCGACCGUGCCUCAAUAACUUCCAGGUCACCCGCCUGGGUUCAUCCACCCCUUGGUCCGGGCUGGGCCAUGGCUUGGGCCGGCCUGUUAGCGGACAGUCCGCCAGAAAAGCCCGAGGCGCGCCCCAAAUCAGAUGAGUGGGACGAGCGGGAUGAGCAGGUCAGUGCUUGGAGCACGGCCUUCAGCCAGCAGGUCUUGAGCUGGGCCCACCCGCCCGCGGUCGACGAGCAGGAGGUCCUGGCCGAGGUCUACCACAGCCUGAUCCACUCGCAUCUCUCCGAGCCAUUGCUCCGGCUCGAGCACACGCACGCCGAGGACAUGGAGCGGACAGCACGCGCCGCUCAAGAUUCUACCUCGGGCGGGUUGAGUGCCCCCGUCCCCGAGUCCCCGAGUGGGGUUCAGUCCGCUCCGGACUGGCUCCACGCCCAGGAGACUCAACGCCGCGAGGUCCAUCAUUGGUUGAUGACCGUCCACGACCAGUUCCAAGGCGGGGCGGGCCCGCGCACCGCGGCCCCAGUCUCGUCCGCCUCGUCCGCCGGUGGUGGAUUGAGUGGCAGCAUGUCGCGCAGCGACUCGGCCUUCGCCCUCCCGUCGGGCACGGCCAGUCCUCACGCUUGUCAAGAGAGCUUCACCAUCACCCUGGGGGCUCAAAUGAAGCAUAUGCAUAAUUUGCGUUUGAUCGCCUCGGACCCGUUGGAUUUGUGUCGUUACCCGGCGCCCAUGGAUGACGCCCUGCCGCAUCGACUCCAGACCUCCAUGUCGUUAUACUCGACGAAUUUGUCUGGCUUGGUCUUAUUGAGCUCGGCUGAUCCCUGGACUCGACCCUCGGAUCUGACCCGCGAACUCAUGACCUUGGUCCAACGCUCGACCGAUUACCACUUUCCCACCUUUGAACGGCAAAUCCAAACCAUUCUGACCGAUCACGUCGGGCCCGCCCUGACUUGGCGACGCGCUCGACCCGGACGCACCAGCCCCGCCCUUGAAUCCACAGCCCAGGGGGCAGCCGGACCUGAAACCACUGGAUUGAUGACAGGCGAUUUCUUGGUUACCCAACAUUCCAAUUUAUGUGGCGUUCACGCCCUCUUCCACCUGAUCUCGGAUGAGAGCGUGCUCAAUGGCAACAUCAACUCACGGCACCCGGUGGUGUUGGGUCUGCGGAAUGUCAUGAAAACCGCCUGUUUGUCGGAUGUAACCACGGUCACAUUGCCGUUGCUCUUGACACAUACUAUGACCGAGACCAUGACCGUGCAGUGGUGCCUGAAACGGGCUGAGUUGAUCUUCAAGUGUGUCAAGGGCUUCAUGAUGGAGGUGGCCUCUUGGGGCGGCUCGGAGUUGAAAACCUUGCAAUUUCUCGUGCCGCAAGACAUAGACCCGGACGUGUUUCACCGACUGACGAGCAUGCUGGCCAGCAUCUUUCGCACCUCUAAUCCUAUUUCGUUUUAAAAUCCCGUACCAUUUUUAUUGAAGUUUACUUCUAUUCGUUACUUUGGCUUAAUACACGUUUUUUCAAUGAGAUAAUUUGCCUCCUGAUGCUUUUCUUCCAUCCCCUUCAG